GUUAUCCGAGGUGGACCUUCAGUUAUCCGGAUGCCGGGUGGACCUUCAGUUAUCCGGUGCUGGGUGGACCUUCAGUUAUCCGAGGUGGCCCUUCAGUUAUCCGGUGCUGGGUGGACCUUCAGUUAUCCGAGGUGGCCCUUCAGUUAUCCGGUGCUGGGUGGACCUUCAGUUAUCCGAGGUGGACCUUCAGUUAUCCAGGUGCUGGGUGGACCUUCAGUUAUCCGAGGUGGCCCUUCAGUUAUCCGGAUGCCGGGUGGCCCUUCAGUUAUCCGGAUGCCGGGUGGCCCUUCAGUUAUCCGAGGUGGCCCUUCAGUUAUCCGAGAUGGACCUUCAGUUAUCCGGAUGCCAGGUGGCCCUUCAGUUAUCCGAGGUGGACCUUCAGUUAUCCGAGGUGGACCUUCAGUUAUCCGAGAUGGCCCUUCAGUUAUCCGGAUGCCAGGUGGCCCUUCAGUUAUCCAGAUGCCGGGUGGACCUUCAGUUAUCCAGAUGCCGGGUGGACCUUCAGUUAUCCGGAUGCCAGGUGGACCUUCAGUUAUCCGGAUGCCAGGUGGCCCUUCAGUUAUCCGGUGCUGGGUGGACCUUCAGUUAUCCGGUGCUGGGUGGCCCUUCAGUUAUCCAGAUGCCGGGUGGACCUUCAGUUAUCCAGAUGCCGGGUGGACCUUCAGUUAUCCGAGGUGGACCUUCAGUUAUCCGGUGCUGGGUGAACCUUCAGUUAUCCGGAUGCCGGGUGGCCCUUCAGUUAUCCGGUGCUGGGUGACCCUUCAGUUAUCCAGAUGCCGGGUGGACCUUCAGUUAUCCAGAUGCCGGGUGGACCUUCAGUUAUCCGAGGUGGACCUUCAGUUAUCUGUGCCAAGAGACUCGAUGGCCGGUGGGAACUGGUGGCCAGACUUGCUUCGCUUACGAAAACGGCCAGACUGGCCCAUCUGUGAGGUGGCUCCUGACGUGCAAACUACAUCUUCAUUUGCCGUCACGUACUGCGUGUUGUCACCUCUCCUCCGGCACAGGGACCUUUCUCAGAUCUCACGCACUCAGGGAGAGCAGGGACGUCCGGGCAGGGCGUGUGGCUGAGAGCUCAGCCUGGCUCCCGCAGGCCUGGCUUUGUACCUUCUGGGCGGCCAGAGACGGAGCCCGGGGUGGCGGGCAGCCGGGAGGGGUUGGGGGCUGUGCCCAGGACCCUUGGGUGCAGUUUGCUCUUGUUCCCGUCCCCCGACUCCCAGAAGUGGACGGGCCCCCCGCCUCAGGCCCUCUGUAGGCCAUCUCAGGAGCAGCCAGGGCUGGCCCAGCCCAAAGGUCACUUCCUCAGGGGACUCUGCGGGGAGGCUGUGCAGCUCCCCCCCAGGGUCAUGGGACAGAGGAGGGGCAGGGCACAUGUCUCUGCUCGGAUUCAGAAAUGCAGGGCCUUUGGCGGCAGCGUCGUCCAUCAUGGCUGGUCACCUUGGUCUGUUCAGUCCCAGCCGAAGACCCUGCUCCCCAGGUCUCAGUGCAGGUUGUACUGGGUUUUGAAUCCUAACUAGCUAGUAGGCAAUGGGGAGUUGGAUUCUAAAGCCGCAGCACUCACCUGCCCACUGGAUUGGACAUCAGCCCCGCCCCCCAUCCUCCUUUCCCUGCGUUUCCCCAGUUACACGCGAGCAUCCCUUGGGAACGAUCCAGGAUCGACGCUUCCAGGGGCGCCAGCUCACUCUGAGUCUCAGGUGUGUGGAAGCAUCUGAUUUGACCUUUGCCUUUCUCUUCUACAGAA